UUGGUGGUGUUAUAAAGGAAAGCAAACACUCCACCAGCUGAACAACUUCGAGUCUUGCGCAGUGCCAUGUGUUGUUGGGAGAACACCUGCGAAUUCACCUGGGAUGUGGUUUUGGUGGUCCUUGCCUUGGCUUCAUCCAUUGCCGGACUCAUCUUUGGCGUUCAGGGCUACCUGGAGGGGAAGAGCUGUUGUGAUGGUUGGGGAAGUCAUGCCGCGACGGUGCUGAGCAAUGUGGAGGCCCUCGCAGCAUUGCUUCUCUUUACGAUCCCGCCGUACACGGCGCUUUGCAGCUGGGUGCUGAUCCAGUCCUUCUUUCACAUGGGGCAGUUUCAGAUCACGCGCUUGGACAGUCUCACGACCUCAACUGGUUUGAGAUGUCUUCAGCUGAUAUCGCAUGCCGCGUUCUUUGCCACGCUGCUCACCUCACAACUCUUGCUCUGCUGGCUUGUUGGAACCUCGUUGCUGGGACACUUCUGCGGCAAUCACCUCAUGGUUUCGCCCGCGCAAGUGCUGGUGGCAGGUAUCUCGCAUUCACCACAGGAUGCACUGAAGAACUUUUUUGGUGAAGCUGAAGUGCCUUUUCUGAUGCUCGGUAUCAGGGACUCCUUGAAAGGGCUGAAUCUCAACACCUACUGCCAGCAAGUUCCUGAUGCGGACAAGUACAUCUUCAACAUGUGGUUGGGAUCCUUUUUGCUGAUGAUCAGCCAGUCGCUCAUGGCCAUUGCCCUACGCGGUGAAAAGCAACGCGUCAAUGUCCACGAGGAAAUGGGCGAGGAUUAUGGGUUGGCCGGCGAGGCCGUCACCGGACUUUUAAAGAAUCCAGCAGCUGUCUCUGGUGUGGCUUCCUUGUUCGGCGGACCGAUUGCUGGUGGUCUUGCAGGUGCUGCAGCCGAAGCUUAUGAUUCGCGGCAAUCGGGCCAGGGAUUUUGGCCAAUGAGCCGGUCCUGAUUUUGGUCACUUUCUGUCGCCAAAAAAUCGAGAAAAA